AGACCAGCAGCAUUCUACCAUCAGGCAUCUGGUGUGUUUGUAGUGUCUUCACUUCAUCCUUUUUAGAAAAUGCAUCUGUCAUUGGUGGCUGUGUUUGUGUUAGCAGCAAUACUGCAGCCAAUCAAUGCAUUCCUUCCAACUAGCCUUAACUAUUCUGAUCCUAAGUUGGAACCCUUCUUCUGCCCAGAGCAUAUGAGUGGAAUUACUUGGGACCAUAAGGCCAUCACAAGGGAGGCAUUGAGGCGGGAAGUCCGCCGCUUUCUCCUUGAGACUGUCUCAACCACCAACCAGACAUUAACAAUUCCUGAGGACGCCUCUCUUGUCGAGAUCUUCAGUGCAUAUUAUGGUCCCAUCGCCUCGCCCAUCCGCUUCAUCAAGGCUGUGAACAGUAUAACUUGGAGUAAUGCUAUGACUGAAGCUGCUGGACACCUGAGAUUCCAGACAGCUUACCACAUGGAUGGGGAGAGUCUGCUGGAGGGCCACAUGCUCCUUCAGGGACGUUACCAUGAGCUUGUGAGCACCAUUGCUGUGGAUGAAGCCUACACUUUUGCUAGGCAACUCCUGGGCACAUCUCUAAAUAGCAUUCAGGACUUUUACUCUCAAACAACUUGGGUGGAGCUGGGACGGGAUGGAGCGCUGGAGGGGUUGGGGUUGCCAGGGUCUGACCUGGGAGAGGUGGCAGGCCCAAGCGACCCAACGUGUACAGACUGUGCCUCUACAACAGGAGAAUGCAGGGACAAUGUGAUUCCAGGAAGUCUGCUAUCAAGUGGCUAUUAUGAAUAUGAUGCAUUUGGUGCUGCAGAUUUUAUUGUCCACAAGCCAAAAGAUGCUGGCAAAUGUAGCCAUGGAAGUGUGAUGGACUCUUCUGUGACCAAGGCAGCUACAGGAGGCAUCAACAAAGAAACUUCCUCACCCUGUUUUUCUCCCCACCACCACCUCCACCAGCAGGCUGUGGAAGCUGCUAUUUCAGCUAGUGAGUUGUAUCUGAGUCACCUGCGAGACUCUAUUGGUGAUGAACACUUCCAUAACCUGCUGGAUCUCUACCCGGGAUCAGCGCUGUCCAUCAUCAUUGACACCACAGGUUCCAUGACAUACGAGAUUGCAGCAGUGAAGGAACAGUCGCGGCUCAUUGUGGAAAAAACUCAUCCAGAGCUUUAUGUCUUAGUGCCUUAUGCUGACCCAGGUUAUGGGCCAGUCACAGAAACCUCAAACUCUGCAGAGUUUCUGGAGGAGCUGGACAAGCUUGAGGCAUUUGGUGGAUGCUGUUGUUUGGAGGAAAAGUUUUGGCAUGGGCUUCAGUUGGCACUUGCUUACACUCCAGACUACUCUAAUAUAUACUGCUUCACAGAUGCAGGAGCCAAUGAUGCUGAAUUGAUGGAGAGUGUCCUUGCUUUAGCAAUAUCAAAGCAUUGUAAAGUGACAAUAGUUCAUAGCAACAAUGAGAGAAGCAAAGCCAGUGAAGAGACACAAGCCAGUGAUUGUGUUGGAUACGAAGUGUCAGGAGUGGAGGAGUACAAGCAGUUGGCAAUCCUCACAGGGGGAACUUUUGUUGAAAUUGACAAGUUUGAUGUGGAUGAUGUUUUGGGCAUCAUGAAUGAAGGAGUUCAGGAAAAUGAGGUGACUCUUCGCGUGCUGGACAAAGUAGUGGGAAGACAGAACCUCAGUUUUCCCGUGGAUGACUCCAUCAGCCUGUUUGGAGUGGUCCUUAGUGGAGAUAUACAGCAUGCUGUCCUCAGCCACUCUGCAGGUAUUUCAUACAACCUAAUGAACCAAGAGACGCUGGAGGGGAGUGAGCGGGUGGAGAUAGUUUCUUACACAACUUCCUUCAAGUCAAUCAGAUUCAACAACCAGUCUAUUGGUGAAUGGACUCUUAAGCUGGAUGGAGAGUCCUCAGAGUUCACAGUUGCUGUCACUGCCAUCUCCAGUCUGUCCUUUCUGGCUGAGUUCUGUGAAUUAGAGUUAUCUCCUCCUCGGCCUGGGUAUAGAGUUGUUCUGGGAUAUCCCAUCUCAGCAUUGCAGUACUACAUUGAGGUGACACUCAUUGGAUAUGUGGAGACGCAAGUACAGUCAGUCAGUGGCAUCACCUUUGUCACAGAGAAAGGUGAAGCUAAGUCUCAAACCAAAUACCACGGCCCAGUGGAUGAUCACUUCUAUGUCUUGUCUGAGCCCUUCCCAUCUGAGCCAUGUUAUGUACAGGUGGAUGGAGUCCUCCACUCAGGUCAGACUUUUAGUCGCAUCUUCCCAACAAUGGUGACAUCAGUUCAAUGUUCAGUGGAGUUGGUGGUGGACAAAUCUGUAAUGGCAGCACAUGCAGGGCAGAAAGCCACAGCCUAUUUCAUAGUGGAGAAUUAUGGUCCAGAUGCAACCUUUGAUCUCUUUGCUACAGAUGAGAAAAAGUUUGUCUCACAUUGGAGCCCCAAGACGUCAUCCAUUCCUCACAUGGGCUCCAUCAAUGUCACUGUGGUAUAUGGAGUGCCAGAAAGUGCUGUAGCUGGCCAUGUGAGCACCGUGACAUUGACAGCCAAAUCAAGACUCCACAAGCACAACGUGAACUCAGCCAUCUCUCACUUUUACGUUCUCCCUAAUGUAACAGAUGAAAAUCCACCAACCUGCAUCACCAAUGACAUGACAAACUGUGAAGACUACAACACAGCAGAGACUUGUGCUGGAGGUUGGUGGUCAGCCAAGGUCACACUUCAGGACAAUGAACUGGGUAUGAACAAAAUCUACUCACGUCCAGCAGACAAUCUUACUGUGGAUGUUUUUUCUGAGGGCUCAACACAUCCUAUUAAUGCCACAUUUACUGGUUCUUGCUGUGUGCGGAAAGCAGAGGUGAUUGGUCGUGACAAGCUGGGCAACACUGGAAAAUGUGAAUGGGAUCUUGGUAGUUUCACUGGUCUAGUGCUGGAGUUUGUGGUGGAUGCCGUGGGAGAGAGCUGGGUAUACCUGAGGUGGAACGUCAGUGAAGUUCGUGAUGAUUUUGACAGAUACUCUAUUCUGAUUGAUGAAGAUUACACUGACAAUUCGCGCUGUCCCAACCUUGUGUGCUACAGGAAUGUGACAUAUGUGGAGCCAUGUACUCUGCACACCUUCACCCUCACACCUCAUUACAAGAGUAAUGAUGGAGCAGAAACGAAGGGUUCCUCACAGUACACCGAUGCCGUCACACUGGGCCCAGCUCCUCUACCACCCACCAAUCCCUCCAUUGACUACACUAGUGACACCACAACCAGCCUCUCCUGGACACCGCCAAGUAAUCUUGCUUGUCUCGACCACUACCAAGUGUGCUUCAAGAUGUUUGCAUCAGCAGAGAAGUGGUGUGAGAGUAGUAGUAACAACAGUAUUGUUCUGAAGAGGCUGCAGCCUUGCACUCUCUACCACAUAAACAUCACUUCAGUCUCCAUUUCUAACCAGCUUAGUGAAGAUGCCCUUUUCUUUGACACAAACACUGAUGAUGCAGCUCCUGGUGCACCACAGAACCUGAAAAUAAACAAUCAGACAGAACAUUGGGUGUCACUGUCUUGGGAUAGUCCACUUGAGAGGGCCACCUGUGUGGACAGAUGGAUGAUUUCCAUCCAUGGUAAUGAAACCAGAUACCAAGAGGUUGAGAUUCUGGCUGACAAUUAUGCAACAGUUUCUGAUCUCAAGGCCUGCACAAAGUACACCUUCUUUGUAUCUGCUGUUUCUCCAAAAGGGGCUCAGGGCAGCACAGAGACAGUUAAAACUGUGAUGGAGGAAACAGAGCCAACAGCAGUGACAUCAGUGAAGGCCACAGCACUGAAUGCCAGCAGUGUGGAGGUUGUGUGGGUUCCUGCAAUCAAGGAAGAGUGUGUUCACCACUACCUUGUUUGUAUCACUCAUCUCACCAGCUUAGUACAGGAGUGUCACAAUGAUACAGAUCUUCAACAAACCUUCACAGGCUUGGAAGCAUGUGUGGACUAUGAAAUCACAGUCACUCCAGUCUCUCCUUCAGGCAACCUUGGCAGCUUCACCUAUGAUCUGGCCAGAACCACAGAUCUUCGCCCCAGUCCCCCCACCAAUCUCAAAGUGACAGACACCAAUGCCCAUUCUGCACUUGUCACAUUUGGGCCACCAUCGGAACAUCCACUUUGUGUCAUACAAUAUGACAUUGAGGUGGAGGAAAUGGGAAGUGUGAAAUCCAUCAAGAUACUUUCCGCCAGUGUGUUUCUGCAACAGUUGCUAUCAGGUUUGAAUGCCUGCACUGACCAUGAGGUUCGGAUCUCUGCUGUUACUCCCUCUGGACUUGCAAGCGAAAAAGCAAAUGUUAACUUCACAACAAGUGAGGACACUCCUUCAGCUCCUCGAGCCCUCACCCACACUACAGUUUCUGUGGACCAAAUUGAGCUGCAUUGGUUUGCACCUCUGACAAAUCGCCUGUGUGUUGACAUGUACAAAGUGUCUUGGACCAGUGCCAGUGACAGUGGCAACAUGGACUACACCCCUUCAGGUCACCCACCAGAGGUGAAGAUGACAGUGAGUGGACUGGAAAGCUGCUCAUCAUACACAUUCACUGUUGUAGCUGUGACACCUUUGGGAGAUGAGGGAUCUCCUAUCACACACACUGUCUCCACCAGCUGUUAGAAAACCUAGAAGCUUAGGAUAAAAAGGAUGCAACAUUCUAUUCAUAAUUGUAUAAGGCCAGUGCUCCUUCAGUCAACAUUUCCUUAACUUUAUCUCUCUCCUCACUUAAAAUUACAUUCUUUUUACAUUGGAAGCUACAUUAUUUUUACAUUGGAAGCUCAAUAAUUGGAAAAUGUUAUUAACCACUUAGUUAAAAAUUAUCAAUAUUUUGAAUGCAUCUUUGCCAGUAUUUAAAAGUAUCAUUUUGCCAUCACUUUUGGUUCAAAACAUUGUCCCUUAGCUGAACACUUGAACUUACUCCAAACAUUACAUUCACACGUCAUUAAUGGAAUUAUCAUAAAUAGGUAACUGACAAAACUAACCACAACUGCAUGGGAAAAAUUUUGUUGUCUUUUUGUAAAAUUGACCCACAUUAACAUGUACCCUUGCCACUAUAUUAAAGGAUAAAUAAUACUGCAUGCAACUUAGAAUUGUCUUUUCUUCAGAGUAUUAUACAACUGCUACACAAAUGUACUGUGUAGAGUACUUAGUAUAAACAAUCUUUCAUAAUAAAGAGCACCACUACAGUCAAUAGAACAACUACUUGUUUCAUGCAUAUAUAAUUUCAUUCUCAUUGCAUGCUGCAUGUUAUUACCCUUGUUGAGACAUCUCAUAUUUCAGAUGGAUGUAAUUACUGAGAUUUUCUACAGCCUCUACCUUCCCUUGUUUCCAAAAAUUUAAGGGUAUAAUUAUAGGAUGUAUCAGCUUAUAUUUCAGAAAUACUUUAAAAGUAUUAUUUGCAGCACCCAAACAUGUUUUGUGUGAAAAGUAUAUAUGUAUGCAUGUAUAUAUAAUGUAUUUACCUGAUAUUGUUUAUCUCCUGGAUGUACUCCACCUUUUCUUCAUAGGUUUAGAAAAAUUAGUGGUGUUAGAAUUGCCAGCACCACUUUGCAUGUUCCUGACACUGUUUUAACUUCCUUGUGCCUCCAGUCCUUUUUCAUAAGUUGUAGCAAAAAAAUACUGAACUUAAUUACUGCCUGAAUUUAAAGAAAGUGAGGUAUACUAUUUCUAAUGAAGUAGAAUUUUAGUUAUGUGAAGUAGAUUUAGGGUUGGCAACCACUGUAGUACAGUAGGAAUGUGUGUGCUUUGGGGGCUGAGGGAUCCUCAGGCACACAAGUUGAAAUCUUGGCCACAGUCCGAGGGUAGGAAGGGCAUCCACUUGGAGUAACAGUUCCCAAAUGCCAAAACCAUGGUCCUUCAUUAGGAGGCACCAUCAUAGCCCUGAUAGACUUGGAAAACUGGACAUAAAAACCAAACUAGUUUUAGAAUUAUGUAUCAGUCAUUCUCAAGUUUGAGUACAGUAAAAUCCCUCUCAUCCGGCAUUCGAGUAUCCGUCAGCUUCAAGUAUCCGGAACAUUUUUCCCCGAGCCUUAAAAUCAAUAAAAAAUCAAUGUGUACUUAUAAAAUUGGUUAAAAUUCCCACACGAGGCAUACUUUGUCCCCUCGCCACCAGAGCGCACUGCUUUGCGCCACCCAUGGCCCACUGCACUGUGUUUACUCAGUGACUCAGUACCACAUGUGCACUGUUUAUCGCCUGACGCCUUCAUCAUGCCUAAAGUUGUAGAAAAGAGGAAGCAUGUUGUGCUUACACUUAAGCAGCUGAUCAGAUCAGCUGAUCUUUGUUAUGGUAAGAUGUGUGAGUGUAGGGUGGUGAUUGUGGACAUAAUUUCACUUCUAUUCAAGUAUCCAAUAAUAUUCAAGUAUCCGGCAUGUCAGCGGUCCCGUUGAUGCCAGAUAAGAGGGAUUUUACUGUAAUAUUUUUGCCAUCCUCUGAUAAAAAACUGAACUGGACACAAACCAAGAUAAAUUCAAAAAAAUUUUUACCAACAAGCAAGAUUCUGAAAAGCUAUCAUGCAAUUGUUAUUUGUUAUUUGUAUGGGAGAACAAAGCCUUGCUGCAUAUUCCUGGUUGUAUAAGAGGAAUGCUGUCUUCAUAUUCCCUGUGUAUCAUAAAGGGCAACUGAAAAGAAACAAGCUAGGGACUGAAAACCCUUCUAUACUUUUAUUACUGUUCCAGAUGCAUAUCUUUUAAGGGUGUCUGAACCUGGUAUUAGAGUAUUUGAUGGUUAGUUGAGCCAGUCUUGCUUAUGUCAUUUUGUGAAUUAGUAAAGAAGCAAGGCAUCCUGCAAAUAUGUAACAGACAAAUUGUCUCAUGCAUAAAUACCUGAUGCCUUGAUGUUAUUACAGUGAACUCUCACUCCUUAUGAUAAUAAUAUCCAAGUUGACUGAUCAUCCCAAGCUUAUGCAUUACUCAAAUCUGGUUAUUGUGUAGCAAAGCAAUAUUUCACAUACAGAUCAAUGAUAUGUCUCCUCACAUGUAUGAAUCCAGUCAAGAGUGGUUUGAUGCAUGUCAGCCAGUCACAUGUUUGGGAGAGUUUGUGUAAAAAUACCUGAGAUUUUACUUAAUUAAGUGAUAGGGAUCAUCUUGGAGGGCAUGGUCCUAUAAUGGGAAAUCUUGUUAAUAUAUUUACAAAAAAUGGUGUUCUAAGUAAUCAUAUGAUAUCA